CCAGUGUGUUGGCAGUGCUUGCAACGCCCGUAGAUGUCACCAACGUCAAGUAAAAGCCGGCUGAGAUGAGUGCUUCCAACUUGGGAACGUACUCGAUCGCGAGCCAGCAUGCGACGAUGCUGGUUCGCACGAAGGAGGGCCACGCGGCGAUGGGCCUUCAGCUCGCCGGCGACGACCACGUGUGGAUCCAGAUCCAGAAGAAGACGUUCACGAACUGGGUGAACGAGCAGCUGCGCGCCGCCGGCCGACACAUCGUCGACCUCGAGACGGGAUUCGCCGACGGGCUGAACCUCGUCGCGCUCGCCGAAGUGCUGCAGCAGAAGGACCUGUCGCGCGGCGUCGCGAAGCGGCCGACCAACGACCACCACCGGCUGGGGAACAUCGGCGUCGCACUGAAGGCGCUCACCGACGAUGGGGUGAAGCUCGUCAACAUCGGAAACACCGACAUUUUGCAAGGUAACCUCAAGUUAAUUCUCGGUUUGGUAUGGACUCUGAUUCUGCAGUACCAGAUCGGCAAGUCAAAGAACAUGUUCCCGCCAAAAAAACUCAUGAUGACGUGGGUACAAGAGGUCAUCAAAGAGUGCCAGGUGACGAACUUCACAACAGACUGGAAUGACGGCAUUGCGCUCAGUGCGCUGAUCGAUUACUGCGAACCAGGGCUGUUUGCCAACUGGCGCCACCUGAACCGCAGAGAGCGGCUGGCAAACUGCGGGGACGCCAUGUUGGUCUCGCAGCGUGAGUGGGGCAUCCCGCUCGUCGUGUCCCCGGAGGACUUCUCGAGCGAUUACCUGGACGAGCUGUCCGGCAUGACGUACCUGUCCUACUACAUGAAGGAGGGAUCGCCGGGCUACCGCGCCACGCUGCAGUGGGUGAAGCAGAAAGUCGUCGACAUGCAUGUGACGAACUUCACGACUGAUUGGAAUGAUGGCCGUGCAUUGUGUUCGUUGGUCAUUGCCCUUGGAGGAAACGUCGUCGGCUAUCCUAACCUAAAUCCCAACGAAGGACAAUACAACAACCAGCUGGGUAUUGAUGCUGCGAGGAAGCUUGGGGUGGAGCCGGUGCUGUCUGCGAAGGCCAUGGCCGACCCUGACGUCGAACACCUGGGCAUCAUGGCGUACGCGGCGCGCUGCCAGAACGCAAAACCGAGGAUGAGCAUGGAGGAGCGAGUCGGAAUCACCGGCGACGGUCUGAAGGUGGCCUACGUCGGCAAGACGGCUCACUUCUAUUUGGAGUUUAAAGAGAAGGAUAUAGAUGCCAAGCAGGUAAAGGCUGAGGUCGUCGGUCCUACACAGCCGAUACGGGUCAACCUGAGCUUGACCAGUCACGGUGGCAGCGCCACCUACAUUCCCAUGGAGACCGGAAUGCACCAGGUAAUCGUGUACUGCGACAAUACAGUCAUCAGUGGUUGCCCGGUCAGUGUCAGAGUGCAUCCCAAUGUCGAAAAGGUCACCUGCUCAGGCAUCGACAAGUGUGCCGUAGGCAUCACGUCCGAAAUCGAGUUGCAUGAGAACGGUGCUGGCAAGGGAAACGUGUGGGUGGAAGCUACGUCUCCGAGCGGGAAGGUGACGAGCUGUCCAGUGCGCGACCACGGUGGACACACCUACGUGGCCGCAUUCACGCCCAGUGAAUCAGGUGAAUGGAAAGUGACCAUCACCUAUGAUGGCCAGCAGAUCCGGGGCAGUCCGUUCACCUGCCACGUGUUUGACGCGUCCAACGUCAAGAUCUCUGGCGUCAAUACAAGUAGGUUCAUCCAUAUUCUACCAUAUCAAAUCAAUAUCAUUGUAUCUUGUAGUUGUAGCAAUAUAUCUCACAUGUACAUAUUUAUUAUCAUUUCAUUGUCCAGUCGUUUGCGAUAUCGAUUUGCUGCGCUUUUGAUCAUUUUAUGUAAAAAGGUGCAAUAUAAAUAAAUAAAAUAAUAAUAAUAAUAAUAAUAAUAAUAUCUCCUGUGUAUCUGUGAUGUCAGCAGUGAUGCAUAGAGAACCUUUCUCGUUUGUGAGGCCUCAUGUACGUCAACACUGAAUUAUAUGGAAAUUAUAUAUAUAUGCAAUUUUCUACAUCUGUCUACAAGGCUAGUUUUAAAUGACUAGAGGAUUAUUACUAACCUACCGAAAUCCUGUUGAAUGAAAUAUCUAUUUAUCUUAAAAAUGACUUGCACGUGCACUGCACUAACCCUAACCCCUAAUCCUAUCCCAAACUCUAUAUCUAAUCAUACUCCUAACCCCUAACCCUAACCCUA